GUGGCGGGCGGAGCCCGGGGCCGAGUCGCCUCCUCGGACGCCGCCGCCGCCGCCGCCAGUGCUAGGACCCCGACCUGGCGGGGCAGCGCUGGGCGGGCGUGCGGGCGGGGGCGCUGACGACGAACAGGAAGCGGCGGCCAAGCGGGCGUGGGUGGCUGGUCGCGGCGGAGGCGUGUGGGACGGCCCUCCUGGCUCAGCAUUAUGGAUCCAAGCCUUUUGAGAGAACGGGAGCUGUUCAGAAAACGGGCUCUUUCCACUCCUGUAGUAGAAAAACGCUCAGUAUCUUCUGAGUCAUCAUCAUCAUCAUCAAAGAAGAAAAAAGCAAAGCUAGAACAUGGAGGAUCAUCAAGCUCUAAACAAAAUUCUGAUCAUAGCAAUGGAUCAUUUAACUUGAAAGCACUAUCAGGAAGCUCUGGAUAUAAGUUUGGCGUUCUUGCUAAGAUUGUGAAUUACAUGAAGACACGGCAUCAGCGAGGAGAUACACAUCCUCUUACUUUAGAAGAAAUUUUGGAUGAAACACAACAUUUAGAUAUUGGAAAGCAGAAACAAUGGUUAAUGACUGAGGCGUUAGUCAAUAAUCCCAAAAUUGAAGUAAUAGAUGGAAAGUAUGCCUUCAAGCCCAAGUACAACUUGAAAGAUAAGAAGGCCCUACUUAGGCUCUUAGAUAAACAUGACCAGCGAGGCCUAGGAGGAAUUCUUUUAGAAGACAUAGAGGAAGGACUCCCCAAUUCCCAGAAAGCCGUCAAGGCUUUAGGGGACCAGAUACUAUUUGUAAAUCGUCCUGAUAAGAAGAAAAUUCUUUUCUUCAAUGAUAAAAGCUGUCAGUUUUCUGUGGAUGAAGAGUUUCAGAAACUGUGGAGGAGUGUCACCGUGGAUUCAAUGGAUGAGGAGAAAAUUGAAGAGUAUCUGAAGCGACAGGGUAUUUCUUCCAUGCAGGAAUCCGGACCAAAGAAAGUGGCCCCUAUUCAGAGAAGGAAGAAGCCUGCUUCUCAGAAAAAGCGACGGUUUAAGACUCACAAUGAGCACUUGGCUGGGGUGCUGAAGGACUACUCAGACAUUGCGCCUGGCAAGUAGUGAACACUUUUGUCUGAGAGCAAAGAGUUAGAAAGUCAAGAUCUUCCUCGUUGACGCUGGGACAUGAAGACUGGCCGUCUCCCCAUUCUCCUUCUGAGGACCGAGGAGAGGAGCAGUUGAGUUUACAGAACAAAUGCAGAUCACCAGUCUCGAAGCUUAUUGUAACUAAUGGGCUAAUGAGAAAUGUGCUUUUCCCUGUUACCCUCUGUCACUUCUUGGGGGAAAGGCACUCAGCAUGGCAUGCAGGUGUCUUUGCUAUUUAUCUACUUCUAAGUGGUUCCUGGUUCCAUUUUUCCUCUUGUAUUACUUUAGAACAAGUUUGCCGAUAGUCUUGAAUGCAAUAUUUGUUUAUUCCAAAGGAACAUAUUUAUAUUAAAAUCAUCGUAGAAGGA